UAUUAGGGGAAGUGUAGUCAACAUGUUUGUAUAUAUGUAACAUUCAGGAACCCAAUGCGUGCGUCAAACUUGAAAAACAUUGCAAAAGCUAUACAAAUAGGAGGAAAUAAAAUAGCAGCAAUCUAAACCAUGACAGCUGAUUCUAGCGCACGUAAUGUAUUUCGAAAGAAUGGUGUUGCCAGCUUGGGGAGUACUCACGGUCGAAAUCUUAUUACGACGGCAAAUCCAUCCGGUGGAAGUAGCGCAUCUUUACUGCAAAAACAGUUAUCAUUUAAAACACCAGUUGGUUCGAAACAAAUCGGCAAGUCCGAUGAAAUUGAAAUAGUUGAUAGCUCCAACAUCGAAAACUUUAAUGCAGGAUAUAACAAGAACAGCAUUAUUGGAUGGAUUUGUUGUGCUCCAUGUAUAUGGUUUCGAACUUCUGCGGCUGUUCAUAAAAUGGCCAUAACAUCUGCAACCUUAUUGGUGACUACUUUGCUUGUAGCGUCACCCAUACUAUUUUUGAUUAGUACGGCACCGUCUCCCUUACCUCGAGAUUGCUAUAUGGAAGGCGACCGUUGCUCAUCACCCAUCUCUUCACCACCCGAAUGCAUGGAUGUAAUUUGUGAAUCAGUAGCUUCCAGUAUUCAAGCCAGACUAAAUUGGAACAAGGACCCAUGCACAGAAUUCAAGAAGUUUAGUUGUUGGCGGAAUUCCCGAAACAAAAAUAUAACAAACCUAAUUGAAAUGGGAAACUCUCAAAAAAGUGUUGAUACUCAAAUGCUGUCCUUUUUCCAGAAUAAAGCUAUGGACGAAAGAUUCAAAAUAUUACAUCAUUUAUAUGAAAGCUGUUUACAACAGACCACUAACUCAACUGAAAUGCACCGCAUAUUUGAUAGUUUGGGCGGAUAUCUACCAGUUGGCUCUACUGGACCUUCAAGUAUUGCACCCUUGAUAGCUAAAAUUUAUGAACUCGGCCCAAGCCCAUUAGUUGAUUUGUAUUAUGAUCUAAGCUAUGGAAGAAGACCUCACAUUCUUCUUAUAAUAAGUGGUCCAAGCACAUCGUCAACUAUCUUAGAGCACAAAAUACGUUGGAUCAGCCCAAAAGCACCCCCAAGCCGUAUACGACAAGGACUCCCUAAGCUUUUAUCAGAUUUGGUUGACAAUUUUCUACCAUUUUUUGUAUCAUAUGAUCAAAGAAUAUCAGAAAAAGAUACAAUUUUUGAAUUUGUCAAGGAUCUUAACAAGCUUCAAGUCGAAUAUUCACGUCGGGGAUUUUGGGAUAGUUCUGUACUGUAUAAUAUAUCGAUUCUACAGGACAUGUACCCAGUUCUUAAUUGGACACUAUUAAUCCCAAAAAACUGGAGUGGUCCCAUAAUUGUCAGAAAUGGUGAUUAUCUCAAAGCUUUGAAACAUUUUCUCACAAAAUAUCCGACUAGAGUUGCACAUAAUUCAUUGCUUUUGCUAAGUGCUCUAGAAAUAUUGCCAAGGGAUUAUCCAAGUCCUGAAGUGUGUACUCGGUCCACAAUGUGGGCGUUGCCUGAAUUAGCCUCAGCUUUAUACAUUGCACAACAUGCAUCCAACGACUUAAAGGACAUUACAAAACGGGCGGAAUUAAUAUUUAAAUCAUUGAAAGCUCAUUUGAAAAGAGCUCCUUCAUUAAAAGGAGCUGCUCUUGUAAAGCUAUCCGCGUUGAAAAUACAAUCACAGACGUGGGAAGGAUUUUCAAAUGUAACCGACUUAGUAAAGUCCCUAGAAAGCUUGAAUAUAAAUGCCGAAUGUUGGUUUCAAAAUAUUUUAGAGAUUUAUAAAAAAAACAAAUUAGUUCCCAACGAAAUUAAUAUGCGUGAAGGCUCACAUGAAGCAUGGGCAUAUCCUAUUGUAUCAACUACAUUUUACGAUACACUUAGUCAUUCAAUCGUGGUUCCACUUUCAGUCAUACUCAUACCGUAUUUUAAUGCAGCGUUGCCGCCCUACCUACAUUAUGCUUCUGUUGGCGUUUCCAUAGCCAAAGAAAUUUUGCGGUCUAUAACGAAAUCAUUUGACGAAAAGGCAAUGCGUUGCGUUCCACAUUCUGUAAAUAUAUUUUCAAACUAUAGUCGAAUGGACAUUCUGAUACAUUCAGGAGGAAUGCAGAUAUCAUACCACUCAAUGCUUUCAUUGACUGGUCCUAUUAAAGGAAUGGCGCGACUACCUGGUCUAAGCUUAACACCAACACAAAUAUUCUUUCUAGUCUCCGGUCAGGAACUAUGUGCUGAAUCGAAUUACUUGGGAAUCGAUAUAAGCGCUCCAGAGUUCGAUAAUAUAUUGGGUUGGCUCGUAGCCCAAGGUGGAAGUGCAACGGAAGUUUUCAAGUGUCCAUCUGGAUCUAUGAUUAAUAUACAAAAAACAUGCAAUGUGCUUUAAAUAUUAUAUGGUUACCAUAUAGACUAUCGGAUUAGAGUUAAAAAACAUUAAUUUUAGAGAAUCAACUAUAGUGAUUACGUUUAGAUUAUUAAUUUGGCGAUGCACUUUAUUAAUCUGUUGUCAUGUUUAAGAAAUCAAAUCGUGUUUUCCCAUGAUUAUACCCGAUACUCAAAGAGAAUAGGGAAUACUCAAAAAGAAUAUAAUUUUUGUCUAAAUGUAUGUAACGGCCAGAAGGAAGCAUUUCCGACACCAUGGUGGAUAUAUCUUAUUGAUCAGCAUCAAUAGCCGGGACCACAUACAUACAUAUGUAGGUAUUUCUGUCCGAUUCUCCGUCCCGUUUGACGUCUUGUUCUAUAGACUAUACGAGCAAGAGAACAAAAUGUUGUGUACAGACUCACAGUGAUUUAAGUUUGUUUCGAAAUUUUGCCAAACACCUUACCGCUCCUUAAAAAGGAUAAGAGGAUUUGAGGAUAAGAGUACACGGAAAACUCCGAAUCAUAAAAUGAUUCUCUUGUUCUUUCUCGUAUAGGUAGUUUGAUGGUGGAACAAGAGAGGGAGAAACAGAGGGCGAGAGAAAUGUAAUGGAAGCUUAGGUGCAAAGAGGUUAAACAAAUUAAAUAACUACUACUAUCACUAUUCUGCACGCUCUCCAAACAAUUGCUCGCAAAAUUUAGAUUGCAUAUAAACUAACGGAGUACCGGGUAUUAUAGUGUCGCAAUUAACGUCAAGGCUUAUUUUUAUUUGU